GCUCGUGUGUGGAAGAACGCAAGUGAAGCGGCAUAGAUAAAGCAAAGUGUGGCAUGUUAGUCCAAGCCUUGGGCUAUGGCUACUGCCUGGCAUACUUGCUGGCGCUAAUAAGCUGGCCAGGCGCGGCCUAUCCCGCCAGCAGCUACAGAGAUUUGGAUAUAUGCAAUCACUGGAAUGGCAGAAGACACUUUCUGGAGCUGGGUGAACGUGGCGAGCUGCAUGCCAGAAAUGUGAGCACCACAGCAUAUCGCAGCACACCACUGAGUCAGCAGGGCGACUCUUUGGCAGCUGAUGUUUGGUAUCAGUGCAAUCUGGAGCUGGUCACCUGUGCCGAGUGUGUCAUACGUGUUACCUUUCUGCAUGCCAACUUCAGCAAGAGCUGCAGCAACACCGGCGGCAAGUCUAUACUUUGCCCUUGCGAGCAUAUACAAUUUAGCGAACCACCCUACGAUACAACCAUAUCGGGUCAGGAGUUUUGUGGCGAUGGUAAAGUCUUUCGCAGCAAGACGCGCACUUUGCAAUUGAAGUUCUUCUAUCGAGCGACCAAUGCACAUGUCUUCUCGCUGCAGUACUUCUCAGAACGCAACGUUAAAAUUGUUAGCGGCUCACCGCGUCAAAUGAUUGUGGGCACUGGCAAUGCUAAAUAUCAGCCACAAGUUAUAUCGACGCCCUAUUUUCCCAUGAACUAUCCACGUGACUAUGGCAUCGAGCAUAUAUUGACCUGCGAAGCGGACAACUGUCAAGUGCGUCUAGACUUUACCGAUUUUCAACUGGGACUUGCCUCUACGCUGGAAAUCUUCGACUCGAAUGGACAAAUGCUCGACUCCUAUACAGGCGAACACUUUCGUCCGCCCAUAACCGUAAGCAGUGGCAAAUCCUUGCUGCUGCAAUUUCGCGGCAAUGCUGCCACAGGCGUAGGAUUUCGCGCCGAGGUGAGCUUUGUCUCGGCCAAGCAGCUAAAGGACGAGCGACUGGUGCCCUACACUGAUUGCGGUGGCAUGGUUACCGGUCCUGGUGGUGCUAUCACUAUGAUGAACAUGAUAGAGAAUGCCACCGAUGUGCGUUUGUUCGACUGCAUUUGGAUUAUACGGCCUGGCAAUAAUUAUAUGAUGAUGAAGACACACAUUUCACUGCGAGUUGAAGAUUUCUAUGGCAUGGCCGCGCGUUCCGAGCUGAGCAUUAAGCAAGGCACCACCUCAGAGGGCCUGGAGAUCGAGCAUGUCAUGUGGCCCAACAACGGACUCAGCAAGGAGAGUCACAUUGCACCCAUACUAACGGGUUAUUAUAUAAGAUUACGCGGUGUCUUUGGCAUGCCAUCCAAGCUGGCCAUUGUCUACAGUGUCUUUAACUAUUUGAAUUGCUAUAUAGGCUCCGAAUUUCUGUGCAGCAAUAAUCAUUGCAUCUCCAUACGGCUGCACUGCGAUGGUUUUGAUCACUGCGGCGAUGGCAGCGAUGAGCCGGAUUCCUGCGAGGAGGAUUGGGCGCAUCUGCAUCACGAUCGUCGCUGGUAUAAUCACAAGCCAAACUAUUAUUUUCCGAAAAUCGAUCAGUAUCCGGAUUUGAAAACCGCCACGGGUAUUUUUAUUAUAAGCACCUUGGGCAUCUUUGGCGUGCUCUCCGGCUGGAUGAUCAUACUCUAUCGCAUGGGUGUGCGCGCCAGACAUCAGCGUGAGCUGCAGAGUCAUUUGCAGACCAUAAGCGAGCUGCUGGACCGUCAGGAGGAGGAACGCACGCCAGAUGAGCCGCCCAGCUAUGAAGCGCCGCCGGAUUAUGAGGAGGUUAUCAAAGUGGGCAUGCAGCAGGAGCUGCGUGAGCCCAAGCGGCAGCGUCGACUUGGUCGCUUGGUUUGCCAACGUGCGCCCAGCAGCUGCACCUUGCAAUCCACAGUGGAGCAGGACACCACAGGUGCAGCAGCAGAGGAGCAGCCUAGCACUUCGGCAGCAGCGCUGCGCAAUGGUGGUGAGGAAACGCUUGCAACACGUUUGCUUAUGGCCAGCGCCAUUUGUGGCGCUGCAGGCGCGUCUGGCACGACAGCGACGUCAGCAGCAGCAGCCGGCGGGGGCGGCGCAGCCUUGGGGCUUUCAGCGGGCACGUCAUCGGUAUCCGCUGGGCGUGAACUAUCCACAGGGGGUGGCUGCGCUGGCGGCGGGACGAGUACGACGCCAAACAGCGCGGCGGACGACUGCACCGACGCCUUUCGCGACCAUUCACUCAAUAUAUCGCUCACUCUAGGUAUGCCCAGCUCCAACGCAAGCCAGAGCCUGGCCAGCAAUUGCACUGAGCAUACGUAUUUGAAGCGCGCUCGGCGUCCACUGGCGCCCAGACUGCGUCACACUUUCUCCUCACCCGAAGCGUUUUGUGCGCCUGAGCUGCAGCUGCCCUAUCCCGAUUUCCUUAGCUAUGGCACCAAUUUGCCGCAUGAGCGCAGCAGCAGCAACUUUGGCUCCGAACUCUCCAGAGAUCCCUCCAACUAUAGCAUGGGCAAGCGUGCGCGCAUUACGCCCACUGAAUCUCCCACCUUAACAGACUCUGACGCUCCCACGCUGCAAUCGCAGCUUACGCUCUCCCAGCAACAGCUGCUCAGCGCUUAUAGCGACAGCGAAGCCGAGGAGCAGCAAGUCUCGUGCUUUGGUAGGCGUCUGCGUCGCAGUCGCUCCUUUAACAGCGGCGGCGGCAGCGCAGCCAGACGUCGUCAGCAGCAUCAACGCAGCUCAUCCGCAGAUCUGCUGAUUUAUCCCUCACUGCAGCGACGUCUGGAUCACGCUGGCGAGGGUCAGCUGCAACGUUUGUUUUUUAUCUGAACUGUAAAUGGUAACGAAUAGUAUUAUACUCCAUACGCCUGGUGUGAUUCUGUCUGGGAUCUGGCUACUCUCUUAUAUUAUAUAUACUUAUCUAGUCUAAAAACUCUUAAUCAAAACUAAAUAAAAUAAUUUACACAAU